GGGCCACGUGGCCCUGUCCCGCCCUUGCUGGCUCCAGUCCCUGACUUGGAACCACAGUGGCCUGCUUUCCCCGCCCUUCUCAUCAGAGGGGAAGCCUGGAUUGUGGGCUGGGGACAGCCGCAGCCUCUCCCACCUGGCACCCACUGCCUGCAGCCCCUAGGCACGCGCUCCGGACCCUGGAGCCCCUUAAAGUCACCAGCAAACUGUAGAAGACUGUGUCCUGGCACGUGAACAGAGCCAGAUUUCACACUGAGCAGCUGCAGUCGGAGAAAUCAGAGAAAGCGCCACCCGGCCCCAGAUUCCAAGGGGCCUGCCGGGGACCGUCUCCUCCUUGGGAAGGGAGACCCCGAGGCUGCGUCUCAGACCUGCUCCUGGGCUGCCAUGGGGCUCUUGGCCGCCGCCGCCCGGCUGUCCUCCGUGCUGCCAGGCAGAUAAGGGCGGCCACUGCCCCGGGAACACCUGCCCUCUCCACUGCCUGGCUGAUCCUCCAGGGCCAGCUCUUCCCCGACUUGGUGGCCACCUUUGCCGACCUGAGGCCAUGUAGGUCCCGCUCGGGCCUCUGUGGACGCACCACCGGGGACAGCGCCUCUGCUCUCGGGGGACCUCAGCGCACCACCAUGCCCCGGGGCUUCGCCUGGCUACGCUAUCUCGGCAUCCUCCUCGGCAUGGCCCUGGAGGGUUUGGAGGUGUGGUCCCUGACCGAGAGGGAGGAGUGCGCCGUCACCGGCUUUCUACGGGACAAGCUGCAGUACAGGAACCGGCUUCAGUACAUGAAACACUACUUCCCCAUCAACUACAUGAUCAGCGUGCCUUACGAGGGGGUGUUCCGAAUCGCCAAUGUCACCAGGCUGCGGAGGGCCCGGGUGAGCGAGCGAGAGCUGCGGUGUCUCUGGGUCUUGGUGAGUCUCAGCGCCGCCGAGUCGGUGCAGGACGUGCUGCUCGAGGGCCACCCAUCCUGGAAGUACCUGCAGGAGGUGCAGACGCUGCUGCUGGACGUCCGCAAGGGCCUCAGGGACGUGGAGGGCAGCCCCCAGGUGGAAGCGGUGUUGUCCCUCCUGAACACCCCGGGGCUGAGCCUGAAGCUGGUGCGGCCCAAAGCCCUGCUGGACAACUGCUUCCGGGUCAUGGAGCUGCUGUACUGCUCCUGCUGUAAACAAAGCUCGGUCCUAACCUGGCAGGACUGUGAGGUGCGGAGUCCUCAGCCCCCCAGCCCCCUGUCCUCGCUGCAGUGUGAGGCUGCCCGGCUGUACCCUCUGCCCCAGCAGCCCCCCACCUCCCUGGGCAAAGGCCUCCUGCCCUGAGCAGCCUGGGCGGGGACCCUGCUGGGGCUGCCAGGUGAGCCCCCAUGGUCCAGCUGCGGAGGCGGAGCCCCCUGGGGCGAGGACCCCAGGAAAGGCAUUUUUUCCUGGGAGGGGGAGCCUGUGCCAGCGCCCGGCUGUGCCUCCCGCCUUCCCUACCUGUCACGGUCACAGCUGGAAUGGCCGGAGGCCGAGGGGUCCUGCAAGUGGCAGUGUCCUCAGGGUACGCCUGGGCGGUGGGUAGGGGUGGGGGCACCCGUGGAAGGUGGAGACAAGUGCCACAUCUUGCCACCGGGGAUGCUCUACCAGCUCCUUUUAUUUUUUCUAUUAAACAUCCCGCUUUAUUUUG